ACAGUCAGUAGAGGUAUAGGCCCUAUUGAGGGACUGGGACAGUACAGGAGGAAACAGGACAAGACAUGAUUCCGUUUUCAGCACCCUGUCGUUCUUUAGUGUAGUGGUCACAGUCACAGUCAAUACUACUGUCACGGACCUUGGUGGGUCUCAAGCAAACGGACCAAGAGAGCCAAUGAAAGAGCACCGCCUGCUGAGAAGGAAGCAAGUCCAAACAAUGUAUGUAGUAUUGGCAAAGGGAGCAAACCUCUCUACAAAAAGUCCUUAAAGGGGUGAAUUCAACUCUAAAAUCAUGAAUUAUCAUUAAAUGAUGGAAUAGGUUGCAAGCAUGGACAACUUUCCAGGAAGGUAGUUGUUAAAUGGCAAUGGGAAAGGUUGUUAUAGGGGCACGUCCAUCCAAAUCAGCUGUCGAAUGGAAAAAAGCUGUGAGGAGACAGAGAGAGAGGGGAGUAGAGAAAGACGGCGAGAAAAGAGAGAAGAAAGGAGAAAAGAAAGGAGGAAAGAAAUGACGAGAAAAGAGAAAGAACAGAGAAAAGAAAGGAGGAAAGAAAGCGAGAGAAGAAAGGACAAAUGGUACAGUGCUUCGAGUGAAGGACCUGGCCAUGCCUGCUGCUCGGUAUCAUCCUGUCAUUUCAUGGCUGACUGCCUGCACACACACCGCUCCUCUCCCCACAGACCCUGUUAUGCAUGGUGACUUGUUAUCCAGGAAGAACAUUUAAAAAAGACACCGCCAGAACGCGCGCGCACACACACACGCACACGCACACACACACACACACACACACACACACACACACACACACACACACACACACACACACACACACACACACACACACACACACACACACACACACACACACACCUUCUCCCUCUACAGUUUCCAUUUCAGGAUACUGGAACCCUUUUCUGACUCAAGUAGCUGUGUGACACCCGACAGAGGAGAGGUCACCCAAACACAAUCCCCUGUAAAACUCUUUCAAGGGUCACCCCUUAUGGGCUUUUCUCAGGGUUUCCCAGCAUCUGCUGGCGUCACACCACGGUCCAUUUUUUUACCACAGCAACUGCUCAAUAAUAAAAGCCUGGACACUCCAUGUAACUGUUUGCUCAUGGUCAAAAGUCAACAACGAGUUCUUUUUCUCCCAGGUGUUUAAGGUGGACGGAGGAGGGCUGGAAAUCUUUGUGCACCUAAAGACAAGCAGUCAAACUGUAGCAGAGAGGGACGACAGCAAGAACAGGCAAAACAUCCCUGCACAGCAGAGGCCAGCGUUUAAAGCUAACCAACCAGAACUCUACCAGGUUGGUGUCCAAGCCACAGUCGAUAUCCUCCAUCCUUGAAAUUCCUAGUGACAAGGGCAAACAAAAAGGAGGAUGUUGGCCAGGACGCUAGCAAACAGCUGGUUAAUCAGUAAAGCUAUACAAAUGUGAUGUACCUGCCAGGGUUAGUGUGUUCUGAACCAUUCUGCUGUUACUUAUAAUCAGAAACACCUCUGUGACUCCCCCUCCUCCUCCCCGCUCCUAUCUCAGCCCCUGUUCAAACAGUAGUUAAACGAGAAGCGGACUGUUACUGACAACAUUACCUAUCCGACAGACGAACAGGGAGUAUCGUUCUCAAGAACAACAAAGCCCUCUCUUUCCCCCUCGUCUUUAUUGUGCCCUCUUUUUUUUGUGUGUCAUCGUUCCUUCUCUCGCGUUCCUGGUUGUUCCGCCUCUUCUCUAGCUACCCGAGGAAUCUGAAUCUGUGGCCAGGCAGGCAGGAGAGCUGAAUGAACCUCAUAGCGGGACGACAACACCACAGGCACCGCAGCGAGGCACUUAGCUUCAAGUAGAAUUGACUGCUUUGAAAUGGCACCUGAGACGGCAGGCAGCGACAGCCACUCCUUUGUAUUAUAGUGUUGCUUGGUUUCAACAAAUCAAUGCAACAUUAAAGGAAGAGACUGGAUAGACAUUUUUUAUUUUUAAAUCACCAACUUCUUUGGGGGAGGGGGGUGGGGGUGCUGAUAUGGAACACAGCCAGUUGCAGCCAGCGUCAGGAAUGGACCCCUCCUCUCAAUGUCAUAGUCUCUAAGAAGAAGUAUUUGUGUGCAAACCUGGAUCAUUAAAACUUGUUUUGGAAGUCUGGAGUGCACUACUACGCCCCUGAUUCUAUGAGAUUAUAGUCUUGUUGGGUGUUCUGGCCAGAGACCGUAGAAACUAAACAACAGAAAUCGAUGCGUCAUUCUUGUCAAAUAGAAAGCGCCCGGACAAAGAUUGUCACAUCGUCUAAGCUGUGGAAACAUAAAGGAAUCUCAACUGCAUUCGAGACAAGGAAGAACCGCCCAGACACCGAUGCAUUGUUCACACGCUCCUGAGCAUGAAAGACCUUAACUGCUCAGUUAGCUGCUGCCUGUCAACGGGAACGUGUCAGUGAUCCUGUCAGUCGUCGCGUUGGAAGUGCCAAUGUGGUUACGAGUGAUAAGGUUUUACAGUAGGAGAGGGUACGUUGGGAGGAGGGGCGUUGGGGACGAGUGUCAGAGACAGUGUUACUGUUAUGUCGCCUAUUAUCAGACAGUAGUUAUAAGGACUAUCAAGAUUAGUGAUAAUUAGUAGUCUGUUAUAUCAGCGCUGCCGUGUGUGUGUGUGUGUGUGUGUCUAUGGAGGACAGAAUAGAAUAGAAUUCAAAUUUGCUUGGCAACAAAGAGCUGUGGUGAAAUGCUGCUGAUGAACAAUAGUGAUGUGGGAGCUUUGUGUAACAGUAGUAGUGGUGGGGGCCAGGGCAAUGGGACAGACGGGACCGAGAUGACGAAGUUGUUGGUGCCCAUGCUGGACGGCCUCAUCCUGGUGACAGGCCUGGCGGGCCACUGCCUAGUCAUCUCCAUCCUGGCCGGCCGCAGGAGGCGAGGUGGAAAGCCUCCUCAUGGGACAGACACCCUGCUGCUGGCUCUGAGUGCUGCUGACAUGCUGCUGUUGCUCUGCCUACCCUUCCACACCGCGGCCAUCGCCCUGGGCUCCUGGCCCUUCGGCAGCUUCCUCUGCAAGGUCGUCAGCUUCCUGGGCGUGGCCUGUUCUUCCGCCUCAGUCUUCACGCUGGCUGCGCUCGCCGUGACCCGCUACCUGACUGUGGUCCACCCCGCCUGGUCCUUCCGCUCUCGCAUGCACAGCCGCCUCAAACUGACCGUGGCGCUCCUCUGGGUUCCCGCCGUAGCCCUGGCAGCUCCGCAGUUUGCUUUCCGCACGGUGGCGGUGUCCAGCGCGUUACACUGCUUCGCCUUCCUGGGCGGCCUCAGUCAGCUGGUGUACAGCACGGCGUUGUUCCUGUUUGCCUUUGCGAUACCAUUGGGGGUUAUUGUGAUGAUGUACGCCAAGAUCUACUGCUUCCUGCGCCAGACGAGAGUGUCGGGACGUGCCCCUCAGCUGGAGCGCUACCAAAGCCAGGUGACCCACACGUCAGCUCUGCUGGUGCUGGUCUUCACCCUCUGCUGGCUGCCCUCCUACGGCCUCAUGUUCUCCCUCUUGGGGGUCAAGAUCUCUGGUGUCUCCAGCUACCGCUCCAUAGCAAUCUUCAUCCGCCUACUGGCGUCUUCAGCCGCGGUGGUUAACCCCGUCCUCUACGUGUUCAUGUCCAAUAAGUUCAGGAGGGAUCUGAUGGACUUGGGCCGGGAGAGAUGGGAGGGUUGCAGGGGGUGUACGGCAGGGUGUCCGGGGGUGUUCAGGGGCAGGGACAUGGUGCGGCCCUUCAACCCUGUGGAGCUGGAUACGCCAACCCUACCCUUACCCGGAUUCUAAGGGUUACUAUGAAAGGUCUAUGGACAUUCUGUGGAUACUUAACAGAUAUUCUGUAGAGAUUUAAUGACCCUCUAUGGACACUAUGAACUUUCUAUGGUUCAUUUAAGGACCACUAUGGACCCCUCUAUGGACAGUGGGGCAACAUGUUUGAUUUGAAUAAGAUCGGUCUUACAACCUCAUUUCAAUAAACACAAUUACCUCAGCUGAGGCCAUUUGCUUUCUUCCUGUUUUUUUAAUAGCACAAGCGGAUUAAAAAACCACACGUGUACGAGUGCGUGAACGGCCAGCUAAAACGGCCAAUUCCACGCGAUUCUCCGUUGAGAGGAUCCGCUAGAAUGUUUUGCCUCUUGCGGACAGCGGAACAUUACAGCGUCAACGUUAAU